UGAAAACUGGCCACUGAGCGUAUGGGAUUUGCUGUUGUUUUCUGUCAGGGCGCUGUUUCUAAAUUUUUUUUGCAGGUGGUUGACUGACAGUUUCUCAACACAGUUACAUUACGUUUAGGUGAUGCUCCGAAAUAAAUUAAAGCCAUUAUGAAAAGUCUCUUAAGCACAACACCAUUUAAAGGGCCAGCACACCGCAGCGGAAGUGUGAUGUCACACAAUGACUUAUUGCUCAAACUGAAAGUAACGUCAACAAAAGAAAGAGACAGGCAGUGUUUGAACAUACAACACAAUGAACCGUCAAGUGGAUGAUGUAAUGGCGCUCUGCUGUAAGAUAUCAGAGAGCAGGCAGAUUAAAGCGGCUGUACAGAACUCAGCUAAAGGAGCUGCGGCUGCUGGUGGAGGGGCUUUUGUAGGGGGGCUACUCGGAGGUCCACCUGGUAUUUUUAUUGGUGGUGCAUUGGGAGGUGCCAUGGGAUGGUGGAUGACUAGUGACAAAUUCCAUCCUCUUCAUCAGAUCAUAAUGGAGAUGCCUCCUCAACAGAAGAGGAAACUGUACUCUGAUGUCAUGGCAGUACUGGGCAGUCUGAAUUGGGUUGAUGUGGCUCAACUCAUUCUUUUAGUGAUGGGUAAUUCCUCACUACAAAUGCGAGUGCUUACUACAUUACUCUCUUUUGCCACAAAUGAGCUUGGAGCCAAAGUGCAGUAUGUUUAAAAAAUAAUGUCACCUAGUUAGUCUAUGCCCAGGUUGACUGGCUGAACAGCUUUUUUAGUUUAGGUUUUGUUGUUGUUUCUGAAAGAUGUUUUUAAUUUUUUUUUUUUUUUGUUAUAAACAUGCUUGUAGGUGUUAUGGUCGACUCCUCUUCAAUAUUAUUUUCCAAUCCAGUUUACUAAAGCCACAAUGUUUUACUGUAUAUUUCAAUGUUUAAAAUAUUUAAAUGUUUAAAAUACUCAAAAGAAAUUCAGUAAUUACUGAGGAAAUCUGAGUAAUUAAGCAAUACUCUUUUCUAAAACACAUAAAAAUCAGGACCUCAUGAGCCACUUCAGUACAGUUAAAGGGAUAGUACACUGAAAAAUAAAAAUUCUGUCAUCUUUUACUCACACUACAUGUGGUGUGUGACUUUCCAUUAUACGGACCAACAAACACUGAGACAGUCUGCAAAAAACAAACAAACAAUUCUUUUAUGUUCUACAAAAGAAAUAAUUUCAUACUGGUUUGGAACGAAUGAGAGUGAGUAAAUGAUGACGGAUUUUUCAUUUUUUGGUUGAAUAAUCAAUUUAAUUGGUUAAGCAGAUUUAAAGGAUUAGUUCACUUCCAUAACAAAAAUUUACAGGUAAUUUACUCACCCCCUUGUCAUCCUAGAUGUUUAUGUCUUUCUUUCUUCAGUCGUAAAGAAAUUGUUUGUUGAGGAAAACAUUUCAGGAUUGCUCUCAGUAUAGUGGACUUCUAUGGUGCUCAUGUGUUUAAACUUCCUAAAUGCAGUUUUACUUUUUUUCUAAAAAAAAAUCACAAUUUAUAUAUUUUUUAACCUCAAAUGCUCGUCUUGUCUAGCUCUGUGAUGCGCAUGCAUACUCUGUGCACUUCAGGUCAAGACAGUUAGGGAAUGUUGAAAACUCCCAUCUCAUUUUCUCCUCCAACUUCAAAAUCGUCCUACAUCGCUGCACAAAUACCGACCCAGUGUUUACAAAGUGAACAUGCAAAGAAGGUCAGACGCCCUUUACAAAAAAGGUAAAAUAGCGAUGUAGGGUGAUUUAACUAACUGUCUAUACCCGGAGUGCACGGAGUAUGCAUGCGCAUCGUAGAGACGAGAGAGAUGAACAUUUGUGGUUAAAAAGCGUAUAAAUUGUAAUUUUUAAAAAAAAGAUAACACCCUUCUUCCUUGGCUGGGAUUGUUUAGAGCCCUUUGAAGCUGCAUUUAAAAAUGCAUUUUGGAGGUUCAAACUCAGGGGCACCAUUGAAGUCCACUAUAUGGAAAAAAAAUCUGAAAUGUUUUCAUCAAAAAAACAAUUUUUUUACAACUGAAGAAGGAAAGACAUGAACAUCUUGGAUAACAACGGGGUGAGUAAAUUACCUUUACAUUUUUGUCUGGAAGUGAAAUAAUCCUUUAAAAUAGUGUUGCUGUUGUUGUUGAAAAUUUUAUUUUCUAAAAGGAUAGGAUAAGAUAGGAUAUAGUUGGAUAGGAGGAUAUGACCUGUUUUAGAAUCAUCUUCACUGUCAAGUUUCUUUGUUUUUUAAGGCUGGAAUACACUACAUGACUUUAAAAUCUGAACUUCUUUUUUAAACAUAAGGCAUCAUACACUUACUGGCUUUGUAAAUAGUAGGGUCAUUCCAUGGAAAUGUCCAUUUUUCUGUCCCUAGCCUUUAUGGAAAUUUUAAACUUGGAAAAACACUUUAGGGUAGCAAUUUCUUUAUAUUUUAAAACAAAACAAUAUGUUAUUUGGACAAUUACACCUUUUUGAGCCAUCAAUGUGGCAAUACUUGUUUUUUUUUAAUCAAUUAUAUCAAAUUCCAAGCACCACAAAAUUGCUCGUCCCCAGCCAUGUGUGGUCACAGCGGUCACUAGUGUUACCGUUUAACAAAAAGUGUUUAUUUUGAAGUUAAAGUCACACUGAUGACAUCACUUGAUUUCCUUCUUCAUAUUUCCUGAAGAUCCAUGAAAAAAAGGCCCAUAGUAAGUCCACUGUCUCUUUUCAGUUAUCAGAAAUUUCAAAUCUCAUGAUUUUAUAUGAAGCUUUUAGUUUAACUCACUGGUAUGACCUGCUUUAUUGCUAGGAAAUUGUAAAAAACAAGAAUACAAAUUGUCACUGGCAUCACCUUCCUUAUGGGGAAAUAAAUGCACAAAAAAGAUAAAUAAAUCAUUAAGCUGUCAUUUAUGUGUAAUCAUAAAGUCAAAAAGUAAUAUAAUAAUGUGGUCUAACUUUAAAUGUUGGGAAAAAAAAAAAAAAAAAAAAAAAAAAUUUUAAGACAUCUUGGCAUACCAAUGUGGACAUUUCUGUAGAAUGAUCCAGUUAGAGAGGAAAAACUGACCAUCAUACACUACCAGACUUUCAAGUUGUGACUGGCUGGCUGUGACUUUUGGCGACAAGCAUCGACUUAUCCAAACUGUAAAUCGGGGAAAGAAUUGGAGCAAAGGUUGUGUGUUGCAUUCCAGCCUUUAUGCAAUAAUCCAUUCAAUAUUUUAACCCAUUAACACAUGUAUCAUGUUAUUUUAUUUGUGUUUACCUGCCACCUUAUAUGCACUACCAUUCAAAACAUUGGGGUUGGUAAGAUUUUGAAUUUUUUUUUCUUCAAAAAACUAUUUUAUGCUCAUCACUGCUGCAUUUAUUUGAUUAAAAAAUACAGUAAUAUUUAUUUAAAUGUAAUUUAUUCAAGCAGCCAUUACUCCAGUCUUCAAUGUCUUAUGAUCCUUCAGAAAUCAUUCUAAUAUGCUGAUAUGAUGCUCAAGAAACAUUUCUUUUUAUCAGUGUUGAAAGCAGUGCUGCUUAAUGUGUUUGUGAAAAAUGUUACACUUUUUUUCAGGAUUCUUUGCUCUUUGUAACAUUAUGAAUGUCUUUACUGUCACUUUUGAUCAAUUUAAAAUAAAAAUAAAAGUUCUGAUGUAUGA